ACUUUAUCCGUUACCAAUCUCCCCAAACAGGAAACCAAAUUUAUCGGAAACCACAACACACUUCGUGUCACUUUCCCUUUCGCUAAAUUUCCGGCCACUAUAUAACUGCCAUCACCGGUAAACUGCCAGACAUUUUGAUAUCUAUAUCUAUACAUGAAUGAAUAAUGGAAGUUUUAGAAUUUCAGUAUCUCCCAAAUACUUGUUGCUCCAACACUGUUUCUAAAUGGAAAUCUCCGAAUCCAUGGUUUUCAUUUAAGAAUUCAAUGUACUGCUUUUCCCACAAAAAUGUAGUGGUCCUGGAUCAUUUUUCAUCUAGAGUACGCGCUAGGAAGAACUUUAAGAUAAAGCUUUCUUUCGGCUCUAGCUUCAGAUUAGUUGAUCCUCAAUUGCACUGCUUAGCCUGUCAUAAACCAAGAAGAUUGGGACACCUUUCUCCUUUUGCUUCUGCUGAUGAUAGUCUUGCAGUUAAUGGCAGUCCCCAACCAAGUACUACUGGGGAUACUGUGGAACUGCGGGACAAACUAGAUAAUCCAUUACAAAAUGAAGGUUAUAACAGUGCACUUCUCCAAUCAUUGCAUGAUGUUGCACGGGAAUUUGAGUCAGCCCUUAGAGUUCAGAGUUCUGUGUCAAAUUUAUCAUGGUUCUCAAUUGAUUGGAUUGGUGUAGACCAAAAUGCAUGGGUGAAGACCUUAUCUUACCAGGCAUCAGCAUGUUCAUUGCUGCUAGCAGCAUGUGAGGUUUUAUCUCUAGGAGAUAGAAGAAACAGAGAAAUUAAUGUUCUGGUUCAAAAGAGUCUGUCACAACUCUGUGCUACAUUGGAAAAUGCUAUCAGGGAUACAUUGUCAGACAAAAAAUCAGAACUUUAUGAGUGGUUCUGGUCUGAACAAGUCCCACUGGCAGUAUCUACUUACGUUAAUUAUUUUGAAGACCAACGUUUUGCUGAUGUUGUUGGGAUCAACAAAGGACUGCUGUCAAGCUUGGUGGAUGCAAGUGGGAAAGCAGUGCCUAUUUUUGCUUUGGGUUGCGUUGCUGCAAUAACAAAACUUGGGCCCGCCAAAGUUUCUUGCACGCAGUUUUACUCCAUAGUCCCAAACGUAAAUGGAAGACUGAUGGAGAUGCUACUUGGAUUAGUUUCCAUACGCAAAGCUUAUCAUUCCAUUAAAAAGAUAGGUCUGCACCGAGAAUUUCUAGUCCAUUUCGGGCCUCGUGCUGCAGCAUGUAGAGUGGAAGAUGAUCACAGCACUAAAGAGGUUUUAUUUUGGGUAAAUCUUGUGCAUAAGCAGCUACUACAGGCUCUUGGCAGAGAACGAAUAUGGUCAAGACUGUCAACCUCUGAAAGCAUUGAGGUUUUAAAUAAGGAUUUGGCUAUUUUUGGAUUCUUCAUCGCUCUCGGAAGGAGGACUCAGUGCUUCCUUUGUGCAAAGAACUUUGAGACACUCCCUGAACCAAUUGGAGGUUUAAUCAGGUAUUUCAUUGGUGGCAGUGUGCUGUAUUAUCCUCAGUUGUCGUCAAUAAGUUCUUAUCAACUGUACGUGGAGGUUGUUUGUGAGGAACUAGACUGGCUUCCAUUUUAUCCAGGUGUAGAGAACUUGAGGCUCAUGCAUGGUCAUAAAAGCACACGAGACCCUCCAAGUGAGGAAGCUAUUGCUCUUGUUUUAGAUGUUUGUUCACACUGGAUUCAAAGCUUUAUUAAAUACAGCAAAUGGCUGGAGCACCCUUCUAAUGUUAAAGCUGUGAGAUUCCUAUCUAGAGGGCACAACAUAUUAAAGAAAUCUAAGGAAGAAGUGGGUUUACCAAAAAAGCUGAUGACUGAAAACGGUGCUACAGGUUUAGUAGAGAUAGCUAGUUCUAGAAGCUACAUUUCAUCAAGAAAAGAUCUUGAUUCAUUUGAUAAGGCACUGGAGAGUGUUGAUGAAGCUCUUCUCAAGUUGGAAAAAUUACUUCAGAAACGACACAUAUCAAGCUCCAAUUCUGGGAGGGAGCAUCUAAAACCUGCUGGUUCUGAUCUUGAUAAAAUAAGAAAACUCAAGAAAGAGGCUGAAUUUCUUGAGGCUUCUUUUAGGGCAAAGGCAGAUCUCCUUAAGCAGGGGAAUGAUAUUAACCGUUCUGAAUCUUCUGUUAGCAACAAGAGGCAGUCUAAUAGUAGUAGAGGCAUUAGCCGUGGGAAUUCAAAUAUAGAGAGAGAUAAGUCUAGCAGUAAUUCCGAUGGCUUAUGGAGCUUUUUGGUACGCCGUCCUAGAACCCUAGAUUCCGGUUCACCAACUUCCUAUAGCAGUGACAAUACACGUGUAACUGAAACAAAUGAAAUUCAGCAAUUUAAUUUAAUCAGAAAUGAGCUGCAAGAACUUGAAAGGCGGGUCCAAAGAAGUGCUAAAAGCUCCAACAACAAAGAGGAAGAGGUUAAUGUGAUGGAUGAUGCUGCUAAGUAUUCUAGUGAUCCCAAAGGGCUUCAAGUGGUCAAGGUGCAGGAGAAAGAGAAUUUUAUCGAGAAGUUCUUGGAUAGGUUGAAAGAAACUACCACGGACGUGUUGCAAGGUACUCAACUUCUAGCGAUAGAUGUUGCUGCAGCUACUGGAUUGCUUAUAAGGGUCCUCACAGGGGAUGAAUUGACAGAAAAGGAAAAGCAAGGUCUUCGAAGAACUCUAACUGAUUUGGCUUCAGUCAUUCCGAUUGGGUUUCUCAUGCUUUUACCUGUGACCGCAGUUGGGCAUGCAGCGAUGUUAGCCGCUAUUAAGAGAUAUAUACCAUCUCUGAUUCCAUCUACGUAUGGCCCAGAAAGGUUGGAUCUACUGAGGCAACUUAAAAAGGUCAAGGAAAUGGACUCCACGGAUGCAGACCCACUGACACCUGCGGAUGAACCAUAACAAGAUGAUGUUAUCACAAAAGAAUCUUGUAACUAACACAUCAUUUUUGGAACUCAACAUCACAUCUUUACAAGGUAUCCUGGUUUUUCUUUGAGAAAGGUCAUUUCAAGGAUGGUGCACUAGGUGGGAUACUAGUAGCUGUCUCCAGAAUGUAUAGGAAUACGUAUGUCUUCAGCCAAAAUUCAAAUGUCUGGUACACCAUACUGAUUUUCUUGUAGCUUAUGUUAGGGGUCAGUGUCCACGAGGACUGAUGGUACUUAAUGGCAAAAUUGUAAUCGGGAAACCAUAUGGAAAGGAAACCAAUCUGCCUGGCAAUUGGAGUUAUUUAUUCUUUAAACUCCAUAAAAGCAUACAAAUUACAUGAA